AUGUCUACACCAACCCCAUCUCCACUCCAAUUCCGCAUUCUCCCCGCAACAGAAGAUGAUUGCCACGAGCUAGCAAAAAUAGAAGCAACAGCUCUAGACAACGUCAAGAAAGAACCACAGAAUGCCCUUUGGGGAAUAACCAUCGGUCCACCAACAGAAGAAAGCAUAGCCUUCCGCACCAAGAACUUCAUCGACACUCUACAGAAAGGAUCAACCAAAAUCUGGAAAGCAGUUGUACCCGACGAAGCCUCACCAAGCGGCGAAAAAAUAGUCGCAUGCGCUCUUUGGUGCUUCUAUCACCAGCCUGAGAAGAUCGCUGAUUGGAAGGAUACUACCGAUUGGCCUUCGACUGCGAAUGUGGAGGCUUGUAAUGAGCUUAUUGGGGAGCUUAAUAUGUUGAAGAAGAGGCAUAUGGAUGAGAAGUGUUAUGGUCUUCUGAGAGUGCUUUGCACACUUCCUGAGUAUCGAGGUUGUGGUAUUGCCUCCGCGCUUAUUAGGGUUGGGCUUGAUUAUGGGGUUCAGGAGGGGCUGAAGCUGUUUUGGCUCCAUGGGUCUGCCGAUGGGCAGGGUCUUUAUAGGAAGUUUGGGUUUGUGGAUGUUGAGGCGUUGGAGAGGGAUACUGCGAAAUAUGGGGGUUCUGGGAAGACAAAUGUCAUGGGUAUGAGAUUGGUUGUUGAAUGA